AUGGCAGGUGUAGAGGCCGCAGUGCGUGCGGCGUACGAUGCCGCAGGUCAAGGGCACAUCUUCCGCUUCUAUGACCGACUCCCACCUGAUCAGCAGCAGCAGUUGCUGGAGGAGGCGCGACAGCACGAUCCACACCAGCUAAAUGAGAUGCUUUCUUCUGCUCUCGGCGGCAAAGCAGCCAACACCAAUAACUCACGCGACCCUGCAGAUGCAACGGAUUCUAUCCGGCCCCCCAACUUGGUCGACCUCUCGCCACUCAACACUCUCUUGCAGAAGCAGCAAGAGAGACGGCAGCAGCAGCAACAGCAAAACCAGCAACAGGAGGAUGAAGAGGAGUUAGCUGCUGCUUAUCGGGCUUUGUUGGCUGGGGCAGCCGCCUGCGGAGUUGUAUCAUUAAAAUCCUCUCCUUCAGCUUUAAAAGAUUACUGGAGGAAUGUUGGUCUAGGGCUCAUAGCUGAGGGCAAGGUGGGUGUGUUGCUGCUGGCUGGAGGUGACGGGAGCCGUUUAGGUUUUGAGGGCCCUAAAGGGAGCUUUCCGAUCGCUCCUCUUUCACAGAAGUCAUUCUUCUGCCUCUACGCCCAGCGCCUGCAGCAAGUUGCUGCGCUGGCUGCUGCUGCUGCUGACACCAGCAACAGCAGCAGCAGCAGCGGCAGUGGCGGGAGCAGCGUCAACAGGUGCAAGGAAGUAUUUAUCUUCUCUCAAGCCACAACUCCCGUGUUUAACUUGGAUCGAUUACUGAUGCUCGGUUCUCCCCACUCGCUGAGGACAGCCCCGAGCGGCAAUGGGGGCCUCUUUAGGGGUUUCAGCGACAGCGGAGCUCUAGUGCAUGCAGCCAGAAAAGGGUUGGAAGGCCUUCAAGUGCUGUCUGUAGACAAUGCUCUCGCCAGAGUUGGCGACCCGGUCGCCAACAAAGUUGUAGCCCGCCGGUCGCCGAAAGAAAGCAUAGGAGUUGUCUGCCAAAUUCGCACAGCACUGCCGUGCCUCCUGCAGCAACGUCAACAACAGCAGCAGCGAAAGCAGCAACUACAGCAAGGCCAGCCUCGGCAACCCGCCCAGCAGCAACAGCAAGACCUGCAACACCAGCAGCAACAACAACAGCAGCAGCAGGGCCGUUGGGCUGGAGGUGUGGCAGAGUACUCUGAGUUGCCUCCGUCUCUAGCUGAGGAUGGUGCUUUAUAUGCUUGGGGCAACGUCUGCAUGCACUAUUUCAGUUUAGCUUUCAUUCAGGCGGUGACCUCCAACUUAGCAGUCUAUGAGAAACGAUUCCACGCAGCGAAAAAGAAAAUUCCCGAGCUCGUCUGCCUUGACCACAACAGCGGCAGCAAUCAACGAGCAGCAGCAGAAACACCAGCAACACAAGAUGUUGGUACACCGAUGACCGAGAACCCGAGGAGUUGGGCCCUGAGGACGCCUACGGAGGCAAACGGGUGGAAACUCGAACUCUUCAUCUUUGAUGCAUUCGCCUUCGCAGACAGAGUCCUGUGCCUGGAGGUGGAACGGGAGGAAGAGUUUGCACCGGUGAAAGUCUCAGGAAAUAUUGAAAUGCAGGCACUUGAAGGCCAAGGACUUGAGGUGGCAUCCGUAGCUUCCGAUACACCCGAGCAUGCGCAGCUCCUGUUGUCUCGGCUGCAUGCAAAGUGGGUUGCUGCAGCAGUAUCGCUGUCUUCGCUGCCUGGCCGGCUACCAGAGGCCCCCCAUCACAUUUUCUGCGAGGUAUCUCCCCUGCUUAGUUAUGAAGGCGAAGGAAUAAGCAGCGGCUGCCUCAAAGGCAAAGACCUUAGCAAACCCCUGCUCCUUCUGGCCCCCCAAGAGAAAAACCCUAAACCCUCAUCGUAG